AAUUUGUAAUGCAUUUUGCCCGUACAUUGGUUCAGACCGGAAAGUGUGUCAGAUUAUACACAUGAUGUUCUGUCCGAAUGAAGAAAAAAAAUUAAGGGAAAGGAGAACUCUGUCGGAUUCCCCUCACCAACAAGCGCUUAGCAUGCUACAACACCGUCAACUUGCAGAACUAAUGGAACCAUUUCAGAGCCAAAUCACAAUGCUGAUUUGUCUGAACGGUGAGCAGAAUUGAGACCGGGAGUUUAUGUGAAGAAGAUAGAAACAAAUGAAGGGAAGCCGCUCAGAUCUGUCGAAACGUCACGUCGUUUAUGAAAGCUUCGUGUCUUUCUUGCUGCUCUAGACCUAACUCCACUUCUUCCACACAAUCGCCUCUCGAUCGUCCUCUAGAUCGAGAGAUCGCGAGUCGAAUCACGAGGAGGAAAUAAUUCUGAAAAAGUUUUGACACGGGUUCGGGGCCGAGCGAGAGGGUGUUCUUUCUCUUGGACAUUCUCCGAAGAAAUUUCCUUCUCGCUCGGCCCGUCGCCUCAGAAUUAGUUCAUAUCAGGUAGCUUCAUGAUACGAGUACCCUUCUCUGAUAGCCAUCCCAUCGAGUCCGAUAGAGGCAGAAACGUAGGAUUCACAUUCCACAAUACUUCGGUUGUGUACAGCCCGGUGAACAGCUGUCAAUGUGGGCUCUUGGGUUUGGUUCGCGGUGUGUACUUGUUUGUACACUAUCGAUGAUAGCUGAAAUAUCUACCGUGUACAUCGAAGGUACUGCGGUGAAUCCUGCAUAACUAAUAAUAACAUUCAACUUCGACUUGCCUCUCGAUCUUAUAUGGGUUCACAUUCGAAUCGUGUUUCCCUCUGGGAAGGUUAAUAUGGUCCCUUCCCCAAGGAGAUUCCCGGGAGAUUCAACCGGCCAGGGCAGAACAGAGUAGCAAUCAUCGUAAGUGCUCGUGGACCCGAUGCUGCUUAAGAAUCGUGCGCAUUCGUACGCGCGUUGUUCUGCGUGGGGAGUUUUUAUUCGAUUCUGAGGAUGCCUACCCAAAAAAACUAGCAGAGACAAAAAAAAGCCGGAUCUCCUCUCAACAGAGAAAUUUCAGACUUCUGUAAUCACAAUAAGCAGGAAACUUCAAGGGAAAAACGACAGAUCAAACAAGAAGAAUUUCUCAAAUCUAGGACAGGCAGGUUCAGACUUCCAAAACCGGUCUCGCUGAUGUCAAGAGGAAAAUUUUCAUUUCCAAUCAAUGUGUGCCUCCUCCAAGCGUUGAUAUUGUUUUCGAGUCACCUGAAUAGCAAUCGAAACUCCAUGGCCAGAAAUUCACGCCUUCUCGUGUGACUGUUACCUCGUGCUCGGUCACUGCGAGCAGUAAGGCUGCGACCGAGCCUCAGCGUAGAUCAAAGCUGCUCUACCAAAAUGGGGCACUACAGGCCCCGGCGGCCGAGGCUGCACGAGGACCCUUUCAAAAUGGUGGGAAUCACAUGCACUGCGGUGGACAAGAUACGCAAGGGAGCAUUCCGAGGCUUCUCGCACUGGACGGCAGGGGUUCCCACUCCCGAGGUGCAUCACGAGAGGCGCAUGGCGCGUCUGAAAGCCCUGAACCAUAACGUGAAGCCCCGCCUCGGGGUCUCGGUGGCAGAAGCUCGAAAUCACGCUCUUAACAUCAACUCCAUGGUGAACCGCAUCAUCAAUCGAGAAUCAACCGUAGCGCGUUCGAAAGACCCGCACAAUUUCAACACACAUCAGGCCUUGCUACGCAGGCCACUAGAUUUCGGGAAAAAGAAGAAGAAGGUAGAAAUCGAGCCCAUGGAGCAGCCUUCGCUGAAGAAAAGGAAGAAGAGAAAGAAAGAAUGGUGCGAUACCACCGUCACAGACUGGCUCAGCGCCACAAACCACCCUCUGAAGAAGCUAGCGCCCACGGAGAGCAUUGCAGCUCUAAAACCUGAUCAUCCAGGUGCGAUUGCUGUCAGAAAGGGCACCCCGCUCUGCUAUAGUCCCUACAAGCAAACGAAAUUGGUCGAUGGCACGCACUUGUGCGAUCGCUACAAGUACAAUGACCCAAAAUCGAGAAAGCGCUACUUCUCAGGCGACGAUAACAUCAGGCUGAAGAAGCAUUACAAAGAAGUGAUCGACAAUCCGCAAGGCCUGGCUACUCUCACUACCAAACCGUGGAAGCCACCUCCUCCUCCUCCACUGACCACGUACGAUCCUCAGUGGAGCAUCGACAUGCGCUUAGGCGAUAUUCCGAGCGAUUUGAAAGCCACACCCAACAGGCAUACUCUAGAUGACCCCUUGAGGCCCUGCUCCUCGAGCAAGCCCUACAUCAAUCCUCUCGUCGAGCCAGAAGCGUAUUACCUCCAGGAGCUGCAGUCGCUGCCCGUGCCAUGCAACACGCCUAGAUCCGGAUAUUCAUCCGCGCGAUCGACCAGGCACUCGUCGAGAUCCCCGCCAGGAUCGAGAGCUUGCUCGAGCGUCAGACAUGUGCAUCGCGCUGAUCUGAACACGAAGUCAGAUGAUCCACUGAGUGACGAAAUGAGUUAUAGGUUCGGUGAGAUGAUAAGAAACCUGCUGCCGCCUCCUGAUGCUGAACAGCCUUCCCCCUCGGAGAUCGAUGAAUUAGAAGAGCUCGAGGAAGAAAUCGAAGCUUACCUGAAAGCCCCAUACAAGCCCACAGAUGUACCUCCUUGGGAAUACCCUGAUUGCUGCAUAAACCCCUACUGAUAACAAUCAUCACUCACCUGAAACCGACCCAGUUCUGAUUUCGGUCAACGAAGCAAAUCAGCCUGAGAUUUGACA